GCCAAACAAGCUGAGAGAGCGCGCGCGGGAGAGAGCGCGAGAGAGGGAGAGAGAGAGAGAGAGAGAGAGAGAGUUGCACAUGUGCAUUAGUGAAACUAUAAAGGAAGUAACAGUGCACAAGAAGUGCAACAAACUAACGCCAUAACGGAGACAACAGCUGUCAUCUACAUCCAAACAUGCAGCCACCACCGAGAAAGGUAAAGGAGAGCCAGCAGAUGAAAGUGGUGUUCUCAGAGCAGCUCAGCAAGCUGCAGACCAAACAGCAUCAGGACACUGAACUGCUGGAGGAGAUCAGGUCAUUCAGUAAGCAUCGCGCUGCUAUAGAGAAAGAAUACGGUCAGGCUCUACAGAGGUUAGCUGUCCAGUACCAAAAGAGAGAUUGGCAGAGAGGAAAUACAGAUGCGAUCACUUCUGGGAGUGUGUUUAGCGUGUGGCGAUCUGUGGUCGAUGCUACAGCUCAGACUGCUGCAUCGAGACUUUUUGCUGCAGAAGAAUACCGCCGACUCAGUGGGCAAGUCUCCAAAAGUCUCCGCAAUGCAAAGGAUGUCCGGGCUAAGAGAGGCCUGGAAAGGCUGCAGAGGGUGCAGGCUGAAGUGGUGGAUGCUCUACGGGAACUUCAAAGGGUCAAGAAGUGCUACCACGACUUCAGCCACAUUGCCAGUAUUGCCCGUGAGAAAACUGCAGAUGCACAGGCCAGAGCUAGAAAAAGUGAACAUGGAAUUUUUCACUUCAAAACCGGACUCCAUAAAACGACUAAGCUCACUGCCAGACUCAAAGAGUGCGAUGACCGCCUGACUGAAGUUCGUAAUGAGUACCUGCUGACAUUAGCAGCAGUCAGAGCGCAUCGGCAGCACUACUACACAAACGACUUACCAUUUAUUAUGGAGCAAAUGGAUGGUGAUAUUUAUGAGGAUUUGAGAUGCCAUUUCACCCUGCUGUGUGGGACUGAGAUGGACUGCUGCCUUCAUACACACAAACAGUACAGCAGGGUGUGGGACAGUGUUGCAAAGGUGACCAGAGAGAGAAAUGUUCAGCAGUUUCUCCAAGAAUCAGCAUCUUUCAGCAAAAUCCCUGAAUUUACCUUCCAGCCUGCUCUGCGUGACAAGGUGUCAGUUAUGCAGGAAGUUUGUGGUUCAGAAGAAGAGGGCUGCCUGGUGAAGGAGGCUAAGAAAUGGACUGCCAAGGUGGCAAAAGACCACAAGAUCAUUGCCCACGGAGAGAGGGCUCUACAGAUGUUAGCGAGCCGACUGAAGCUCCUAUCCGGGGAGACGGCGCUCAGUGUGGAGCAGAAGAUAGCAGAGGUACAGGAGAGCGUCAGGAAAGCCAAGCUGAACAGGGCGAAGGCCGAGGCUCGCCUGGCCCUGCUGUCAGAGAGCACACCAGGAACAGAACAAUGGCUUCACGCUGCCAUGAACCAGGUGGAGGAGGAGCUGGAAAGAGAGCGACAUCUCAGUGAACAGAGGAAGUCUACUGAAGACUUUUCAGAGGAGGAGUUUGAGCUGACUGACUUUGAGGACUACGAUGAUAAUGGAGAGAUCUUCACAGAUCCAGUGUCAGCAUCUGGAGUGUGUGUUUACCCUGCAGCCUGCAGAGUUAUUUACAGCUAUCAGGCUAGCCAAUCAGAUGAGCUGUCAAUCAUAGAAGGGGAGGAGCUUCAAGUGAUCGAGGAUGGAGAUAUGGAGGACUGGCUGAAGGUGUGUAACUCAUGUGGUCAGGUGGGCUACGUUCCUGAGCGGUAUGUGCAGCUCCUGUGUCUGCCAGCAGAGGACAGCACUCCGCUGGACAGCUCAUUCAGCUCCACCUCAUCCACUGGGACUAAAGAGACGCCAGAGGGCAGAGGUGUAGCCAGGGCUCUGUACUCCUACCAGGCUCAGAGUGCAGAGGAGCUUUCCUUCCAAGAGGGGGCGCUAAUACACCUGAUACGGCGUCCACGUGGAGAGGUUGAUGAUGGUUUUUGGGAGGGAGAGCUGAACGGACAUGUCGGCGUCUUCCCAUCGCUGAUGGUAGAGCUUGUUCACGAUGAAGGGGAGGAUGAAGAAGAAAAGGAGGAGAUGCAGCCUCUUCCAACCCCAACCAUGCCCCUUUUCUCCCCUCCUAUCCCCACACCCUCAGCUCCUAGCUGUAAUUCAGAACUGAGCGCUGCUUCUCCGAGCAGUAUGGAGGACAAACAGCAGACUGCUCUAAUGGAGGGAUCAAAGCUGGCAGGCAACAGACUGGAGGCCGGAACCAGCAGCCACAGCUCUCCUGAGCACUCCAACAGUCCACUGAGACCAUGUCGAGCACCUCCUCCACCUCCAACACAGAAGACUUCAUCUCAGGCUUGAGACAGACUGGAGUCAUAGCGGUCUUGUUACAGCCAAAACAUUGCUGAUUUGUGCCAUUUAUAUAUUGUCAGGUGGUUUUCUUGGUCAUGUGAGGCGUCACAGAAGUACAGUAGUUGCAAUCUGUGUGUGGAUCACUGCUCUGUUCAUCUUCUAAAAGUAGUUUCAUCGCAGGAACAGCAGGUUAUCAAGAAAACAUGGCGGCUUAGAUCCACACCAUUGUUUUUUUUAGUACUUGACCUUUUAAAGACUGCCAAAGCACUGUUACAAGGAAUAGCAAAAAUAUCAAAAUGCUAAUUUUAUUAAUAAAAUUUGUAAAAAUAAGAAAUUGCGCAUGCAAUACGACUUUGAACCACAAGAUGGUCCAGCGAGCCUGUCCUGAAUCCAACAUGAGACAUUCCAGUAUGAGUAUUACUAAAGCUGGAGCUAGAUCAACAGUCAGGAUUACAGUAUACGUCUCCACCAUGUUUUGGCAGCUGGAAGAGCAAAGAAGCAUUACAAAGUCAUUUAUAUGUAAAGAAUGUAAUACUUGACAUGAAACUUUUGCAAAAACUAUCUUUUAAAAGCAGCAUUGUAAAAACAACCCUAAUUGAUUGCAGUCGUGUGAAAAAGAAAGUUUUCACACCACUCCAUACACUUCUGUGAAAGCUAAUAUAUCACUACUUUUUUAUAGGAAUUAACAAGUUACAUGACAGCCAAGUGUUGAUAAUCAAAUGCACUUGACUAACAUAAAGCAGAGGUGUUGGCAGUUUGCUGGUCUGGAGCAUGGAGGUGUGUAGAUGUAGUAAUGAUGUGUAGAUGAUACUUUCUCCCCCGCAAACUCACUCCAAGUUCAGACUUUGCAAUUGUCAGAAUUGCAGAAAACCCGAGCGCUACAUCUUACACUCUUCAGACCCCAGUAAGUAUGUUAAAUAUUAAAGUUAAAUGUGCACAAAACUCAACAAAUUGAAGCAACACUGUAAAGAAGAGUGAGCCAAAACUCCACAAUACUGUGAGAGAUUGAUAAAGACAUACAGAAAGUUGUUGCUGCUAAAGGUGGCUCAGCAGCUAUGCAACCCUGUGAAAACCUUCCUUCCCACAAUCACGUUAAACUUGGAACUCUUAUUUUUUAAGUUUUAGUGUAGCAAUGACUAACAAACACAGUUCAGAUGUAACAUUAGGUAUCUGUUUUAUUUUCAUGAAGUCUAACAUUAGCUAGCAUACAUGCUAUUCUAAAUUGCAACAGUUAAGCUAGUUAGCAUGUCGAAGGCUAACAUCUGUUCUACUUGUUUACCCUUAUAUUAUUAUAUUAUAUUAGCGAGGCUAGUGUCAUAAUUAAACAAUUAGCUUUUGGAUUUUUGAAAUAUCCUCUUCUAUAUAUCUGUUUUUGUACUGUACGUCAUUGUUGUGAAAUAAAUUAAGUUAGUAAAUUUGGA